AUGAGAUUGGGGCUUUUUUUCAUCUCACAUGUCCAAUCGUUCGCGACUAAAUAUGCGAGGUCUGAGCCUGAGGAUGUAGAAAACCUCUCCGAAAGCCAGAAACAGACCAUCAUCAACAGUUUCGGGGUAAACUGCGUGCAAGAGAAAUGGGAUUUCCUCAUAAAACUCCUUCCAGAUCUAAUCCGUGAGAAGAUCCUCCAGGUAUUUCUGGAAUCUUUGAUUUUCCAAGAGAUUUUUCGCAGGUUUUUCAUGAAUCCUUGGUGGUACAUGGAUGGGAAAAUGCAUCCGUCAGACAAAGGAGAUGAUAAGUUCGUAUGUAUACCACAACUUUCCGCUCAAAGAUAUGUUUUAUUGACCACGCUCAUUGCUAUAGCAAACCCACUCAUGGCGGGACUAUGGAGAUCUGAAACCAACCGCCUUGCAAACGCGACGCAUUUCCAGCAGGCACCGAAAAUAGAACUUGGAACUUACCAUCGGGACCGCCGCCAUGAGCCUAUCAAGUGGCUGCUUAAAGAGACAUCAAGCGAAGAGGAGAUUGAAACGCGGUAUGCACAACUUCACGAACUCUACAAGAUGGCAGUGGAAUGCGCCGCAGAAAUGGGAAAUAUACGAGGCAACAUCAGUCUCCAAAGUUUGGCGGUGCUGCCUCAGACCUUCAACGCGAGCGCAGGUGACAGGGUCUUGGCACAUGAAUACCACUGCUUACGAAAUAAUAGCCCUAAACUGGAUGAUCGUCGGAUAUUGUUUUUUGUUUACCCAGGGAUAGUCCGCAGACAUAUUUCUGCUCUGGAACGACAUAACAUUGAAUACAGCAUCCCAGCAUAUGUUGUGGUCUCUUCCCCAGGGGAAAAGGCGCCAUAA